GGGAACUUCUUCUAUAAACAAACCCAACUCCCAUUAGCUGUGAGAUGUUGCUUAGAAGCUCCUCUCUUCCUCUUCUCGGAUCCUUCCUCUCCUCAAUCUCAGACUCUCCCAUCACCGUCGAUCACAGCAGCAGCAGAUCACACCCAACUCCUCACUAUCUCAAGAAGAUCUCCUUCCUCAAUCACAGUCGGCCACCCAAUUUUCAUUCAUUCUCUUGCAAUUCCUCUGCCAUGUCUCACUCCCUUACCGGAAUCCCCGAAUCCGUUCAAGAACACGGCGAUGUGGUUCCGAGCGGCUUCAGACGGGUCCAAUCGGAUGGGAAAUUAGAAGGCCUCACCACCAACGUCACCGGCGAAUUCCAUAAUUCAAACCCGCAGAGGUACCUGCGACAACCCAAUUCACCGUUGGUAUCGAUUCCGUCGUUUUCGGUGUAUAAUUCAAGAGAUGUUGUGGAAGAGGUGAAGGAGGGAGUUGGUGGGGAAGACGGGUUGGAGCGGUCGAUUACAAUCGGAGAGAGUAUUGGUUCGCCAGGCGGAGAUUUCAGCUUCUCUGAUGGGAAAACCAUCAGCUUUGCUGAGGGAAUUGAAGAAAUUGAAGAGAACGAUGAAGGGAUGGAGAGACUACCUCUCUUUCUUGCAAGAGGGCUUGCAAUUGAUGUGGGUGGUUCCGCUACAACGGAUGGCGCUGCAAGUGCUUUUCCAAUCGAAGAUUUGAGUGGCGGCGGAGAUGAGUCUGACAUCGACAAUUACUACAGAAGGAUGAUAGAAGAAGAUCCAUGCAAUCCUCUGUACUUGAGGAACUAUGCUCAAUUCCUGUUUCAGUCCAAGGGCGACUUAGAGAGAGCUGAGGACUACUACUCACGUGCCAUACUUGCAGAACCUGGAGACGGUGGGAUCUUGUCAGAGUAUGCUCAGCUAAUUUGGGAGCGUCAUCACGACCAUCAAAGAGCUUUGAGCUACUUCGAACAGGCCAUUCAAGCUGCUUCCGACAAUAGCCAUGUUCUUGCGGCAUAUGCUAGUUUUCUUUGGCAAACAGAAGGCAGUGAAGAAGAAGAAGAAGAAGAAGGAAGCCAGUUUGUAGGUGUACCACUUUCACAUGGUGCAAUAGCUUCUGCGAGUGCUGCUUGAUCAUGGCUUCCAUGGCUAACCUUUGACAUGUACGGGUGGGAAGGUGGCAUGUUAGUGUUUUUUUUUUUUGUUUUUUUUU